AUCGUGCUGGUUUUUAGACCUUUUUUGUUUCAAUUUAGUAAAAUAAAAUUGAACUUCCAGUGUUUCGUUUAUUGCGGUUUUGUCACAUUUAUUUCUUGCAGUGCGAAGGAAGUAAUGCGAGAAAUUUGAAGGUGACCACGAGGAUUGAAAAUAAACAAAUAUCGUGUCCCAAAAAGUUUGUGAAUGCAUGCAUGCAUACUGAUCCGUCCUCUUAUUGCCUGAUCUGAUACUCUCGAGUAACUUGUUGAUAACCCCCACACAACAAGAUUGGAUUGGGACAAGUGCCAGGCCAGAGAAAAAAAAUCAAAGUGUGUGUAAAUAUAGGAGAAGGGCAGGCACAAAAUGGAAUGGAUUAUGUAGUUACAUUUUCUUCCGUAGUAAUAGAAGAAGACGAGAGAGGAUCAAAUUAAAUCGACAAAGUCUUCUCAUCUUCAUCUGGUGGUGCUAGUGCAAAAAUCUGGACUUGCAAAUUAAAUCAUCAUUUGGUGGUGCAAAAAUUAUUUGGACUUGUUGUGCAAAUUAGUUUUCUAUUUCAAUCUGAGACACAAUUUUUCCAGCAGUAAUUGAACCGUGAUGCAGUGAUUGUUGUUCUUUUUUGGAGGUGUGGUUGGUUUGUGUUGUGAUAAAUAAAGACAGGUGAUUUCAAGUACAAAUGUUGUAGAGACUAUAUAAAUUUUAAGAAAAAUGGGCGAACCGUCACACCCACGACAAUACGAGGGUGAGAAGAAAGAGGGGACAGGGGGUGUCAUCCCCACGGCGGAGGGUCGUUUCAUCCUCGACUACUUUGGGACAGCUAUGAUGGACUCGAGGUGCAUGUACUCGAAGGAAAUGAUGCACUGGAUUAUCGCAGAAAUUCUGAGGUUCUCGGCGUCAACGCAGGUUGUCCUAAGUGUGAAGAAUGGACGCGUAAUGUGCACAGGGUUAAAGAGCGGUCACAUCCUGUGGGAUUCGGGCGUCGCGGACUGUGUCCACUCCUUCCUGGUGGACGUCAUCGGGCCGGAAAAGCGGAAAGGAUUCGUCAUCAUUUUACGAGCGAAUGACAUUUAUCUCCAUUGUCGACUCUUUGCUGCCUCCUCCGCUCCACAGGUUUCCGAAGUGUUUUCCACGAUGAAGGAGGCCGCAAAAACUGCCCCCACGACGGAGCCAGGACGCGCCAUCUCCGCUCCGCGACUCUACUCCCCAAUCUCCCCGGAUUCCAUGUCGUUCGAAGUUUUGUACGUCGGCAAGUUGCGGAUGUCUUAUCGAAAAGCACCGGAAACCUUUAUCGACGAAGCCUUGUCCAAAUUUAAGUCUCAUGAAAACGAAAAAGGAGCCAGGAGAGAUUCCAUGCUGUCUUUUUCGGGAAGAUCAAGUUCUCAGGAAUCAUCCUCCAGCCCACGCAGUUCUUCCGAGAGUUUGGGUUCCCGACCCAACAUAACGUUCAACCUUUGUCUCGAAGAAGAACCGGAAGUUCGAGCCCCGUCCCCACCACCGAAUGUCCAACCCCCCGAUCCAGUCCUGCCCACCACGUCCGCCGUCCCCGCCACGAUUCACCACCCGCUCGAAGACACUUCCGGUGUGGGGCCGACGUCUCUCCUCCCCUCGACCCGCGGGGAACGUGGCCGGAACGCGAGUGGAGAUUCCCUCCUCGUUAAGAGCAUGUCACUCCCCGUCGAAGUCGGCCCCAUGCGGAGUCGCGCCCUCUCAACGGGAAAUUACCCACGGGAACAAGUCCUUGAGAUGAAUCGGAUCGGAUCCACCCAAACGAAUCGGACUAUGAUUCUCAUCGUGGGUCGGUGUGAAAUGAAAAUUAUCUCACCGGAUAAAAAAACACUGCUUUUUGCCAAACAUUUCCGAGAUAUUUAUCAGUCGUCGCAGGGUCUCGAAAACCCGGAAUAUUUUGGCUUUAUUUGCAAAGAAGCGGCCACAAGUCAAGGUCCAAGUCGGGCUGGAGGCUAUGUCGCCUACGUCUUCCGGUCACAGUCCGACUCCGUCUCGGGCGAAAUCUUGAAAGUCCUGAAACAAGCCUCCUUCACCUCGCAGCAGGGACCGGAUUCGGCAAAAUUGCAGUCGUGCGAUCACUGCCCGAUGGUUUGGUAUCGACAAUUAUGCGCGGAGGUUGAUGGUGUGGGAAGCGAUGAACGGAUCCAGUUCGUGAUAAUGAAGCACAUGCACACCUUGUGCGACGAGGAUCGAGCCUCCAUCCUGCAAAAAUUCCAUGGGGCGGAAGGCCAAUCGCUGCAGGAGCAGAAUGAACUCUUGAUGAUGUUACUCCGCGUGCAUUGCGAGGCCAAACAGGUCAAACAUAUUCAUGACACGGCGGAAAAUAGGCAUGAAUUUCUCAACCAAUUUCUCGGCGGUGGAGAAAUCUUCACCAAGGCGAAGCGUUCCUUGGACCAUUUCAUAAAACGGAAGAGUUUGUCCUCCCCCCGUCCCCCCGAUGGGUCGUUGCCAUACCCGCUCUCACCCCUCGUCUCGCUCGGGGAGGAUUCGCCCUCCGCCAUGACCGCGACCCCAUCGCCCUCCUCCAUGGACCCCAGGGCCACGAUGGACUCCCCCCAAGUCAGCGACUCCCCCCUGGACGAAACCAACUAUCCGCGGAGACAGCGCAGCUCCACGAUCGGGGCGCUGACCGGGGAAAAGAUUCGCUUCGAGUUGAACAAACAUCGAAGAACGUCGACCACGAAUAUGGCCACGUCUCCGAUCCCGCAACAACAAAGCCAGGGGGGAGGAUUUGGGAACAAUAAAUCGAUCGGAGGAGGAGCGAGUCCCAUGCUUAAUUUAUUCCAUAAAAUGGGGUCAUCCUCUCAGACGAAGACGUCCUCCUCGUCAACUACUACUUCGCCAUUCGCGUCUCAGCAGCAGCAGCAACGGCACCCGGGGUCGUGGAGACAUGCCAUUUUCAAAAAAGUGGUGUCCCCUUCUGGUGGUUCGGGGUCAAAUACGCCGCAAGGAAAUCACCAUGUUGUUGGGGGUGGGGGUGGAAGUGGAGUUGGAAUGGGAGGAACGCCGAGGGGAUUACCGACCUCCGCGGCGAAGGCGUUGUUCAGGCCGAAAAGAUCGCAGGAUGAAAUUAAGGAACUCUGGAAAACUGCGAUAAACCAGCAGAUAAUCUUGAUCCGGAUGGAAAAGCAGAAUCUCAGACUGAAAGCGAAACAGGAAGAGGCGGACGUCAAGAGGUUAAAGUUGAGUUACAAAGAGCUCGGGAUUUGCGACGAGGAGGCGACCGAAACCUGGGAUCUGAUCAUGUCACAAGCAACCGGAAGUGGGAAACAGGUCGAUGUCCAGCUACUCAAUUCGGCCAUUCUGAGAGGAAUUCCGAAACAAAAACGGGGACAAAUCUGGCAGUUUUUCAUACAGCAGAAAAGCCUGGGUGGAAAUAAUAGAGAAUUGACGAUGUCGCGAUACGGCCAUUUAAAAAUGGAGAUGACGUAUGACCAACUCUUAAGACAAUUGACGUCACAACAGCAUGCUAUUCUUAUCGAUUUAGGGCGGACGUUUCCGACACAUCAAUACUUUUCCGGUGCUCUGGGUUCUGGGCAGUUGGCCUUGUUCAACAUUUUGAAAGCGUACUCUCUCCUCGACACGGAUGUCGGAUAUUGUCAAGGCCUCUCCUUCGUGGCCGGGUUGCUCCUCAUGCAUCUCGAGGAGGAAGAAGCCUUCCAGGUUUUGAAGUACAUCAUGUUCGACCUCGGCGCGAGGGAGCACUACAAACCCGACAUGCAUGAACUCCAAGUAAAACUGUACCAGCUCACUCGACUGAUCCACGACCAAGACGCAGAUCUCCUUUUGCUACUGAAUCACUACGACGUUCUCCCCUCACUUUAUGCAGCUCCCUGGUUUCUCACCCUCUUCGCGUCACAGUUUCCGGUCGGAUUCGCAGUCCGGGUGCUAGACGUCCUUCUCCUCCACGGGGUCGACGUCAUCGCCAAAUUCGCCCUCGUCCUAAUUCUCGACCAUAAACGUGAACUCAUGGCGUGCACGGGGCUGGAAGCCGUCAUGGAAUGCUUCAAACUCGUCGUGACCAACAUAACUUCGGACAAGUUGGACAAAUAUCUGAAAAAAGUGCUCGAGUCGGACUGGGACAAGCAGCUGUUGACGUACUGCGUGGAAUACUCGGUCAUGAACGAUGAAGCCUUUCACGCCUUCAUGUCUGACUCUUCCGCCUCGUCGAAUGCGAUACCCGGGCGAAAGUCGGGGACCACGUCGGACCGCGGGGUCCAAACGUUGCUCGAGGCAAACCCUUCGCCGCCCCCAGUGCCGGCGACGAAUGGGGAAAAACAUCCCAUCUUUGGAGAUCUUAUCCAACGCCAAAAUACUGAAAUUGCAAAGUUACAAAAGGACAAAUUCGACCUCCGCCGUGACGUCCAAAGUCUCCUAAACUGCAUCCUAACCAUGCAAAAAUUAGCCGAGAUCUCCACCGGUGGAAAACUCAGUCUCCCCGUGCCACCCGAAGUUACUGAAGUCGGGGCCAAAUAUUUCAUGAAGUGUGGCACCAAUUACGCCAAAUUGCUCGAGGAGCCCGGUUCCCACAACAGCAAGCCGGCCGGAAUCUUAAAGUCUGAAUCAUCGCCAAAUAAUUCGUUCGCUUCUUCUUCAUCAAAAUUCGGGAACAAUUACUGCGUCCCGCUCCUCACCCCGCCGCCCGCCCUCGUCAAACCCGGGACGAGCAGCGGGGGCGAGAGUCGCAGCAGCGGAAGUGAUGGUGGCGCAGAUAGUCCGAGUCCAUAGGAAGAAGAUAAGAGGAUAUCAUGAUAAAAGAAACAAAAAGGAAAUAUUAUGUGAUUUACUGUACUAGACAAAAAAAUUAACUCAGUCACGACUAGAUAACCUACUCGAUCCUAAAAUUGGAAAAAUCCCCACAUUUUUAAGCUCUGGGAACUUAUUUUAAAAUUCUGGACGACAAAUUUGUCCUCAGUGAGUUGAUUGAUGGAAUGGCGUCGAGUUUUUUAAGGUAGUUUCGAUAAGUUCCAAUUUUUCUGGAGGUUUCUUAAACUUGAGAUCUACUCCGUCAAAAAGUGGCAAAUUCUGGAGUGUAUAUUUCUUAAAAAAAUUGGGAACUCCCUCUGCUCUACAAAUUUGUCGGUCAGAAAUUUUAAAAUAAGUUCCCAGAGGGGAGAAGAAAUCAUUAAAAAUGUGCCGAUUUUUCCAAUGAUUCGUCCAGUCCUACGUUAACUUUCGUACUUUACUAGUUAGCAACUUGCGCCAAAAUGAGAGCAAAUUGCUAAAGAGUUAUGUACAAAGGCAGCCUUCCUAUUAAAAAUAUUAUGCAAAAAGCCUACUAAAUAUUUACGCUGCCAAAAAGUGUAUGUACAUAAAAAUAUAGCAGAAAAAGAAGACUACUUUUUAUUCCAUCGUCUCAAAAAAAGGAUAAAAAACAUAGCUCAACAGUCAUCAAAUUUCAUGCCGAUUUUUUCAGCGUGCCUAACUGACGUCGCGUAUAUAUACAUACAUAAAAGUAUUUUGAAUGUGCCUUGCCAGAAAUAUAUUUGUAAAAAAAACUUGCCGCUAAACCUAUGUACUAUUAAUAGAUUUAAGUAAUUUACAUAUGUAAUUCGUAAUGCCCUUGACAAAGGGAUGAUAAGUACUUAUAUUCGAUAAACACGUGCUCAAUUCAAUCAUCAAUUAUUAAGCAGUUUAAAUAUUAAUUGAUAGAAGUCUCAUCCAUCCAGUCUACAAUGUUAUUAAAUAGUUUCACAAAAUUCAGAAUUUUCAAAAUUCUGUCAGAAUUAUGAAAAUCUCGGAUGCCUUCAAGUUUCACGUAAUUUUUUGUAUCAUUAGAAUUAAAAAGUACUUAAAAAGUGUAGGAUUUUUGCAAUUGCGAAUCCUGUGUGAAAACCGACCUCCCGAAAAUUCCCCAAUUUUUUGAAAAUAUAUCUGUAUGCAAAUUUAAAUUGAGAAAUUGUGCAAAAAAGUUGGCCAAUUUUCUGCAAGUCGGUACAUAUUUUCGUACAGGAAAAGUCAAAAAAUAUAAUAUAUAUUUACAAAUAUUUAGUGCAUGCAUUCGUGAUAUUUGAGACAAGUCAGUUAAAAAAAGGAAAAAAUGUGAAAUAAUUUUUUGAUUUUUUAAAUCGUCAAAAUUUCCAGAUUUCAUAAAACUAUGAUAUAAAUAAAUAUCUCAAAAAUCUCCUACAUACUAUUUAGAUAAAUAUAAAAACUUGCCUAAAUAAGUACUUAUUCAGCCAAUGAAAAAUUGCACACGUAUAAAAAAAUAUAGUGACUCAUUCAUACCGAAAUCUCAACCUAUUUACAGUUUUAAGAAAGAGUAUUAAUUUCUAAGUAAAAAAAAUAUUUAAUCAUAAACAUGUGUAAAAAAAAGACUUGAAAAUGAAUAAAAAUCUUUCAGAGAGAGAAUUUUAAUAA